GCCUUGCAUGGGGGAUAGGAUUCAUUGAAUUGUGCGAGUCUAUACCGUUCUUCUUCGCUCCCACGUAGAAGGUUGUGUAUAGGUUGGUGUUUGUGCGAGGGCGACGUAACACGCACACCAGCAAGGGGCGCUGGCGCAGUGAGCACAAUUUUGCCAGCCCAACAUCGAAGUCGGCAGCAAAGAGCAUUCGGGAGCGAGAACUGCCCGAGCAUACGUAAAAGUAGCAAAAUCACGAAGCCCAAAGGCAGGAAAGAGAUAGUGAAAGUGCAGAGUUUUACCUUACCGUGGUUUGAAAAUAGUUGAAGUACAGAAAUAGUGGAAAUACAGUGAGAAAACAACCAAUGUUCGACGAAAGCUGUGGAUCGUAAAAUUUGUGUCCCGUACGCACAGUGGGCUAGAGGUGUACAACACCGCGUCCACCACCACUUGCUGUAGGUGUCGCGAGUGAACCGUGGGUCGUGCAGGAAGAAAGGAAGCCUUUUGCAUCAAGUGUCUGUGCAGUACGACACUUUUGUUGCCAGUGAGAAAGUUUGCUUUCUACGAAAGCAUCCUUCGAGCGGAGAGGCGGCCCCCCACAAGACGAGUGUGGAAGAAUGUGCGUGAGUAGGAAAGAAGGAAAAUAGUGAGAGUGUAAAAAGUUGUACACAGUUUUUAAUUCGAACCAAACGAAAACAUCUCGUGGAGAUUGGUCAAGGUGGAAAACGAGCGCGUGAAGUUAUCCUGAGCACAAAGCGGUCAAAGAACGGGAGUGCAGUGGAAAAAAGUCGUUCUUUGGUGGAAAGAAGAAAAAGUAAAAGGAAUUCGUUUGCGUAAGAACGAGAGAGGGAGAGAGAGAGAGCGCGCAAGGAAACGCCACCGCCAUGUCGCUUCCUAUUAAUUCACUGUACAGUCUGACGUGGGGCGACUACGGUACGUCGCUCGUUUCGGCUGUCCAGCUGCUGCGGUGCCAUGGAGACCUGGUCGAUGUCACACUGGCCGCCGGGGGCCGCAGUUUCCCGGCGCACAAAAUCGUUCUGUGUGCCGCCAGCCCGUUCCUGCUGGAUUUGCUGAAGAACACACCGUGCAAGCAUCCCGUCGUCAUGCUGGCCGGCGUCAAUGCCACCGACCUGGAGGCGCUGCUGGAGUUUGUGUACCGCGGUGAGGUAAGCGUCGAUCACUCGCAACUCCCGUCGUUGCUGCAGGCGGCCCACUGCCUCAACAUCCAGGGACUGGCUCCGCAGACCGUCUCGCACAAGGACGACAACACUACGUACACCACCUCAAUCCAGCUCCACCCGACGCUCGUGCCACAGAACCACGUUAAGGCCGUGAUCGACGUUGGCAAUAAUGUUUGCACCGAAGAUCUGAUUACAACACUCACCCCGACGCAAACGGUACAGGCACAGGUUAUUGAGACGAUCACCCCGGAUCAGAUUACGGACGAAGUGACCAACGUCAAGGAUGUGAUCAGCCAGUUUCUGCCAACGCGCAAGCGCAAGCAACGCACAAAGAAGCCCGCUAACCAGGGUCAGGCCGGUGCAUCUGCCAACAACGCCGGUGGCGCCCAGGUGGCAAAGGUAAUGAAAACGGACGAAGAUGGAACCAUUCAUGCGAUCGUUGUGAGCACCGAAGAGGGCGCAGCACCAGUGCCAAAGGACAUCAAGAAGGAAUCGAGCGCGGACGGUACCACGGACACCAAGGAAGGAAUCAUCAAAAUCAAGAGCAAAUCCCAAUCGGAACAACCGGCUACGUGCCCCAUCUGCCAGGCCGUCAUCAGACAGUCGAGGAACCUGCGACGCCAUCUGGAAUUGAGACACUUCAAGAAACCCGGCGCAAAGAAGGAACGUGUUCGGAAGAGCAAGAAAGGACAAGCAGGAAACUCUGGCCAGGCAAACGGUAACAACGGCACGAACGCAGGCAACGGUACGGUCAUGACCAGCGAGCAGGCACAGCAGCAACAGGCACAGCAACAGGCACAACAGCAGGCUCACCAGCAGGCCCAGCAGCAGCAACAGCAGGCACAGCAGCAGCAGACCACGAUCGACACGACCGGCACGAUAUCGGUAACGGUUUCCCAGGCCCAGGCACAGCAGAUCGAAGCGGCAGCCGCCAACGGACAGCAGCACGUCGUAACGCAGCACGAAAACGCGGACGGUACCACCUCGCUCUCGAUCGCCCAGGUUCAAACGCUCGACGGACAUCAGCUCGCCAUUGGAAACCUCAACCAGGCCACCUUGAUACGCACCGGUGAAUCGAUCGAAACGGGCAUCAUCGCGACGCACGAGCCGACCCUGCGCCCGCAUACCGAGCUGUUCCGCGUCGGCAACACCGUCUACACGAUAGAGGAACGUCGGACGGAUGCGCCCAAUCGCCUGACUUAG